AUGAAGAUAAAUGAAGGACAGAUAGAAGAGAGAGGCUACUGGGGCAGUAAAGCAGAGUUUAUUUUAGCUGUGGCCGGAAAUGUGGUUGGACUGGGUAACGUGUGGAGGUUUCCUUACCUGUGCUACAAGUAUGGAGGAGGUGCCUUUCUGAUACCCUACCUCAUGUUUGUGGCUACGUGUGGAGUACCUCUGUUCCUGCUAGAGACAGCAAUGGGACAGUACACACAGGAGGGAGGCAUUACAUGCUGGAGUCGUCUCUGUCCGCUGGCUGAAGGAAUCGGCUAUGCAGGACAGCUCAUUCAGGUGUAUAGCUGCAUGUAUUACAUCAUUAUUCUGGCUUGGGCACUCUUCUACCUCAUCUUCUCUUUCCGUUCCCAACUUCCAUGGGCCAGUUGUGAUAAUAUAUGGAACACAGACAACUGUGUAAAUCUUGCAGCAAAGAAUCUGACCAUCAGAUGGACAACACUGAUUAACUCAACGUCUGCUGCUACUGAGUUCUGGGAACGAAGAGUGCUGGCUCUCUCCGGGGGUAUUGAAGAGGUCGGUAAGAUAAACUGGGAGAUUCUUCUGUGUCUCGUUGCGAUGUGGAUCAUAUGUUAUUUCUGCAUCUGGAAAGGAGUCAAAUCUACAGGCAAGGUGGUGUAUUUCACAGCUACAUUUCCUUACGUGAUGUUGCUGGUCUUGCUGUUUCGUGGGUUGACUCUUCCUGGAGCUCUGCAGGGGGUUGUGUUUUACCUGUACCCUGAACCGUCCCUUCUUUCUGACCCACAGGUUUGGAUGGAGGCCGGAGCUCAGAUUGUUUUCUCCUACAGUUUGUCUGUUGGCACUCUAACUGUAUUGAGCAGUUACAAUAAAUACAACAACAACUGCUACAGGGACUGCUUUUGGCUUUGCCUUCUGAACAGUGUCACCAGUUUGGUGGCUGGUUUUGCUGUCUUCUCUGUGCUGGGGUUCAUGGCCCAUAAACAGGGAGUCCCCAUCGAAGAGGUGGCAGAAUCAGGUCCAGGACUAGCAUUCAUAGCUUAUCCACAGGCAGUAGCCAUGAUGCCUUUCCCUCAGCUGUGGGCUGUUUGUUUCUUCAUCAUGAUUAUUUUGCUGGGGCUUGAUACACAUGUGAGUUUAAGCUCACUUACACAUAAGCUGUAUUACCUUGAACUGAAGAAUAUGAAAUGA